AUGGGGGACGAUCAGUGGCUGAAGGAGGAUGGCUAUUUGAACGUUGACACGGAGUCAACGCACAUCAUCUACCAUCCUCACCUCAAUGUGAUUCUCGUAUUUACCAAGACUGGCGAGGUGAAAGUGAUCGACGUGAAUUCUGGCGUCAUUCUGCAGUCUUGCUCCCUGGCAGACAGCGACCGAGUCAGCGGACGGUACCUGCCGAAGCAGGACAAAGUGCUCCUGUGGAACGAGCAGAACAUCGGCAUCCGAGGCGACUAUAACGGUGUCCUCCUGCUGGACACAAUUCUCCAGACGCCCGUUAAGCAGAGCGAUGACAUCGUGCGCAUUGAGCUGCUCUACUCCGAGGCUGUGCUCUUCCUGCAGUGCAUCCAGAGUCUGGAGGAGAAUGGCCUCGAAAACACGGCGGACGUGAGCAAUGAGCUGAUGAAGAAGAUCAUGGAAGCCCAGCUGCACGCCAAGAAGGGCAUCAAAGCGCAAAAAUGGAAUAUCAUUUGUUUGGAAUUGCCGCACUCUAGCCUGAAGAUGGUGGCCAGCAAUGUGCUGUAUCAGCUGAAACGCCUCGAUCGACACAUUCCCGCUCUGGCGAUUGCAUCAGCAAUCAAUGAACGACUCACGGAUCUCUUGAUCGGUAGUCGUUUAUUGGAUUCGCUCACGGGUGGCAAUGCUCAGCGCUGUCUCAUGUUCUCCGAGGCGGCGCGCCGGCAAACGUUCGAGCAGUGGCCCCAUAUGGACUACAAGUGGGCUCUUCCGGACCAAAUGGCGCAAGCAGGCUUCUAUCAUCAGCCUGGCGAAUCUGGUGACGAUCGUGCCAUGUGCUUCACGUGUAGCGUGUGUCUUGUGUGUUGGGAGAAGACUGAUGAGCCGUGGAGUGAGCAUGAGCGCCAUUCGCCAACCUGUCCAUUCGUGAAAGGUGAAUACACGCAGAAUGUGCCGCUGUCCGUCACGUAUGCCACGAGUCCUGCAAUCACCACAAAUGGCUUCAGUAUUGUGUCACGCGGAGACGACAGGAAUAUCAUCUGCACGGGAGAAGUGACUGGGGAAGUGAGUGUGUGGAAUAUCGAGAGGAAUCUGAAGAAGAUUCACAGCUUUCGCGUGAGCAAUGAGGAGAAUUUGAUAAAGUCGCACAGUGUGUACGUGCUGCAGAAGUUCUCGAAGAUUGACAUUGAGCUGAAUGCCAUCGGGACGUACUAUGCAGUGGAUCUGUCGAGUGUUGCAUGUGGGAGUGGAUCAGUGAUGAUUGACGAUCCAGUGGCGAAGAAAGUGCCACUUGGUGGGCGGCAUAAGAUGAUUGGGACGAAGAUUUGCUGUGGCAUUGUGGCGAAGGGAAGUGAAUUGAGCGGAAGUGACGUGAGAGGAGCGGAAAUGGCGAUGAAUAUUGAGAAUCAGGCAAAGAGUAGUGAAUAUGGGAUUGAGAUACCGAGCAAUUGCAUGGAAUUGGAUGAGAGUGAGGAGGAUGACGAGGAGCUCUUUCUCAUACUCUAUGACAUUCUCGAUAGUGAUAAGGAGGCAAUGUGUGACAAACCGCCGCCAGAGGAGCCAAUAAUUCUCGAUGCAAUUCAGCAAGGACAGGAUGGUGGCGCGACGAAGAAGUCCUCGCUGAAGAGCAUUGAGUUGCCAGAUCGAUCAGAUGGUGAGGGAUUGAAGAUGUUUCCGGUGAUGAGUGCAGGCGAUGAUUUGGAUAAUAUUCCGGAGGAUAAGGGCAAGACGACGGAUCAGAUACUUGAGGAGGACUUUUUCCUCGAGACGGCUUUUCUUCCGGGGAAAUUUAAGGUGAAGACAACAGGAAAUGGAACAAUUGACUUUGGCGCUUCGCCGCCGGUGAAGAGCAGUGUAAAGUUACCCACGAAGAGUCACAAGGAUGACAUCAAUUGUGUGCCUAUUCAGUGCAUUUCACUCAAAUCGCUCGCCUCAGAUUCGUAUAGAAUCACAGACAUCAUUCCAUCACACGAUGAGAAGUACCUGUUGGUGGUGCUGCGACAGCAAAUGACAAGGAAUUCACCCAAGGAUGAUGAUAUCAUUGAGGAGCCUCUGGAGGUGGACGAGUGUGAGAAGAUGGAGAUAGGCGAUGAGGAUGUGACACCAAAGGGAAAGACGCAGAACUUCUGUCAAGUGGAGAACAUGACGCAGUUGAUUCUGUUCAAGAUCCAAGAAGAUGGCUUCCUCAAUGAGACACCACACUGUGUCAGGCAUUUGUUUGAGGACGCCACACCGCUGGAAAUUUGCAUGUUGCCCGGAUAUGAGACUGAGCGUAAGGCAAAUGCCCAGGAGACGAAGGAGGGUGUCUUUGUGAUGACAUGCAUUGAUGGUACGUUGAAGCUCAUUGCUCUUUCGACGCUGCGCACGAUUUCUGAGGCGAGCAUUGAUGGUGUCAAGUUCGUCUCAGCAACGUAUUGUAAGAGUCUGGAGAGAAUGUGCGGAUGCACUGAGAAGGGAUCACUGCACUUUUACUCAUUCUACGACAUGGAAGCGGAUUCUGGGGAUGAGCAUGAUGAGCACAACACGACGUUCAUCAUCUCGGACUCGUCGCUGUCGGAUGAUUCGGUGGUGUCGGACGUGAGUGGUGUGACGCACACUAAGAAGACGGGUAGUAGUGACUCGACGGCACCGUCAACAUCCACAGCGGGCUAUUCGGCAAGUCACCAGACGGACGCGAGCACGAACUUGAUUGCCCACAAGAGUGACUUGACGAUGAACGAUCUCAAGCUUGCGUACGCGCUCACGGAGUUCGACGAGAUGCUGACGCCCUACACCGCAGAAGUCCCAGUGUGCUGGAGUGAACUGGUGCAGGCCCAGAAGGUGCGACGGCAUCCGCAGCAUCUGAAGCCUGGCGAUGAUACUCAUCUUACCAAGACGUGGCGGUUGCACAAUGACGCGACAACCUGGGAUGAGCACUUGAUUGAGUUGUGUCUUCCGAAGCAAGCAUCUCUGGGACAUAUUGACUUCAAAUUCAAUCUCUAUCAGCAGUGUAGCAAUCCGCCGGCUAUUCAGAUCACGCUCCUCAAGCAAUUCUCUAGUGGUUUUGGGUACCGAAUGAAGGCGCCGUCGACGAAUGUCGGAAAUGCGCCGGUUGAUGAGAAUAUUGAGUUCAACUUGAACUCUUCGGAGAAUCCUGUGCUGAGUGUGGAAUAUCUGCAAACGCACAAUGCUGAAAUCCUUGCUGGGCCCAUUGAGUUGUCGUCGUGCAUGGAUUUGAGUGAACAAAGUGGAACCGUGACACUCACGAGUCCAAAGUUGUUCAGGACAAAAGGUCGUAAUUACUUGAUACACAUCAAAACGAUGAAUGAUCCGUCCAAAGAUAGUCAGGGAAAAACACGAGGGUGUGACUGGCUGCAUGAGAUAUCGAUUACGGUGCGCAGCACAAAUCCAAUGUGCCGAAUGGUGAGUGAGCGAUCACAGCGAAGUGCAAUGCUUGAGAGCAAUGGCUUUCUCGUGAAUCUACUGAAGAUGGCAUGCGACUCGAGUGCUCCGAUGACACAGAACAUAUCAUUGGACAUAAUCUUGUGGAUUGUGUCGAUACGAAUGGCACGAUAUCGGUCACCAAGGAAUACGGAGAGUACGUUUCCUGAUGUGCACUCACUGCAGAAAGACUGUAUAAAGAUAAUGGAGAUGCAUUUGAGUGACUUUAUCAAGAAUUGCAUUCUGUACGGAAACAGGAGUGUGGCUCACAAAUGCGUGAAGAUUAUCCUUGUGACACUAGAGGGUGCCCACAAUAUGAAGUACAAGAAAGCACCAAAUUCGACAUUUGAAGAGGCACUAAAGAAUGGCAUUCUCAAGUGUUUCCCUCACUUGACCAACAUCAAGUAUGCGGGAUCUCUGAGAUGGUUCACACUGAUGAUUUGUGGCACAUCCAAUCUGGAGUCUUAUGACUUCAUUGCUAAUGAAUGUCUAAGACUUUUGUUGAGUGUGGCCAAGGAGAUGAGCAACAGAUUCAAUCCUUAUUCAUCACUAUUGCGAUCGCGCUUUGGAUUGUAUGGAAUGCCCUUCGAAUUGGAGUUGUUUGAUGCUGAUUUGCCGACAUCCGCUAAAUAUGCUUCACUCCCAACAACAUUUGCCAGCAUAAUAAAGUCCGCCACGUCUCAAGGAUCUUCGCAGGGUGGCAUGGAUCUCAAGAAUUUCUUUGCCAAUGAUGGCUCGGAGUUGAAGAUGUUGCCAUUUCACAUGCGCAAGCGAGGAAUUGGGAAUCAGUUGAAAGGAUUGCUGGAGGUCGAACCACUUCACUAUGUUUGUGUGUCGGCGUCUGAGGCAACAAGACUGGAGAAUAUGGACUCAAUUUCGGCUGCUCAGGCGACUUUUGAGACACCAACGGUGAAUAAUGUGGAGCAGAUGCCCAAUGAUACGUCUAAGAGCAAGGAAGCGAAUGGUGCGAAGCAGGAAAAUGGCAUUGACGAUGCAAUGAUGGUGGUGAAGAAUAAUUUUGUGGACAAGAUCUUCUAUUCGGCACUGAAGAAGCACAAGAUCAAGGAGUCCACGCAGAAGAUGUACGCUGAUGUGAUGGCGAGUGUGUCACAGGCGAAGGACCAGAUAAUGGAUCCACUGAAGUCCAUGAAGGACAUGAAGAAGCUGGUGAAGAUCCUCAAGAUCGACAUGGGCAAUGACUUUGGCGGUGUGGAUGUGGAGAUGGACUCGCAGUAUGUGGAUGGCAGAACGAAGAUGAAGGUGUUGGCGGAGAAGAUGCAACAGUACAUGGAUGAGACAGAGGAGAGUAACAGCAUGUUGCCAUGGCACAAAUUGCUGAGUUUGCCGCCGAAGCAGAUGAUUGUGAUUGAUCGAAUGCACUCUGGAGCACGACGAUAUGUUGUGCUGGACUUUGGCAUGCCGAUAAUGCUGACGGAUUUGGUAAUUCCCGCUUGUGAGGAUCUCGUGUCACUGUUCAUUGAUAUUUGGUGCUUUGAGGAGGAGUCGGACAGUAUUCGUCUGGCUGUGUCUUCGGACAUUGGAUCGAAAACUCUGGUGCUAAGCGAUCUGCAGCCACCACCUGUGUUCCGGUACAUGAAGAUCACUAUCACUGGUAGAUAUGGAAUGUCAGCGACUAGAUGCAAAAUCCCGAUUGGCACUUUCUUCGGUCAUGCCAUUGUCAUGGAGUCUGAGAGCUAUGCUGAUCCUCUGUCAAAGUACCUGAGGACAAAGACAUCAAAUCUGCCGGCUCAGCUGAAGAUUCUCCAUUCGCUCUUCGAGGAUGUUCACUGUCGAUACAGCUUGGCGAGCAGCAAGUUGGUUGAAUUGCUGGAUCCUCUGCUCACCAGUGAUGCUUCAAACAUGUCCCACAUGCAAGCAUAUCUCUAUCAGAAGAAGGACUGUGAUGACUCUCUUGCGGAUCACUCAAAGAUCAUCAACAUCUAUGAUGACUGCAUCUCCUUCCAGCACCAAUUGAAUGUGAUUAAGAACGUUAUUACGCGCCUUGAGGGCGCCAUGGAGGAGAAUGUUGUGGAUCCCAGAGAGGCGCCUCGUCUGGCCAUGUCGGACAUCUGCACGGACAAACUGAGAGUGCUGAGUGAGUGUCUGAUCGAGGCACUGCUGCACUUUGUCGUGGAGUUCGGCACAAUUAACUCCAGCGCCAUUUCUGUGGCCUUCAAUCAACAGGCUUGUGAGACAAUCUUCAACAAUAUCGUGAUCUCUAGUGAUACUCACAUGCAACUGGCCACGUGCUCGUUCCUCGUGAAAAUGUGCUGCUUCGAGCCGUGGUGGGGAGACUUUAUCGCCAACAUCUUCACCGUGUGGUACUCUUCGCAGAACAGUCGAAUCUUUCCGCAGGACAGAGUCUUCUUCCUGCUCACUUAUCUGGGUAGGAAGAGCAUCACAAUGGGCUCGUGUCGUGUCACUGUGAUUGAUGCUGUUCUCAAGACGCUGGCUAAAUUCCUGGCUCCGCUGUCCAGCAACUUUCAAAUGGAGUUUUCCACGGAGGAGAAUCAAGAGGGAAGAAAUGACUUCUGCCACUGGGCGAGUACAGAUCUUCAACUGAUUGGAUGGCUUCUUCUCUUCCUCUCCGUUUGUCUUGAUGACUGUGGUGACAAGAAGGAUCAAUCUUCGGCGCGAUGGGACUUUAUGUCCAGCGAAGUGGACAUGAGUCGUGCUAAAAGUCAAGGAUCGGGAAAUACGAGACUCUUCACGCGCUCAUUCAAGAAGAGAUUCUAUCAGAAUAAGAUUCCCAGUUCGAAUUACACAAAUGACUCACUGUCGCUAGCGCACAACACUUUUCAUAUGCAGGGUCAGAUGAUGCCGUCAUUUAAUGUGCACGAUUCGACUUUCAAGGACAUAUUCAUGAAGAAGUCGAAUCAAGGAAAGACUUUUCCCACUUAUCUGAUUGAUGCAUCGUCUAAAGUGAAGUUCAAGAUGUCCAAAGCCACUGUAGCGGCGUCCACAUCGGCGCCGGCAUCGUCAACAUCCAGUACGAGUCAGGGAGCGACGCCCACAACACCAGCUUCCACUCCUCUGCCGCCGGUGGUGAUCAAGGAUUCUCUCCUGGAUGCCAAUGAGUCACCAUUCGAGCGAGCAUUGCGAUCUAUCAAGCCUCAGAAUACGAUAAUUGUUAUUCGGGGACUGAUUGGACUUAUUCUGGGCAUGGACUUCACGUGUAAUAUGGAUCUCUUCCUGCUCGCGUGCAAGAUCAUUGCUCGUCUGGUGUCUUCGUGUCGCUCGACAAUUCAGCUGUCGAAGAUCAUCACGCCAGCUCAGUUGCAGCAACUGAUCAGGAUUGCCGUGUGGGAGGAUCAGCAGCAGCCGUGGGCAAUUCACGCCAUCACAUGUCUUCUGCAGGACAUCCUUGAGACGGACAGGAACUUCAAGUGUGACAUGGAGGAGAGCUUCAGCGGUGGCACGCCGAUGGAGUUGGCCACUGUGGAUAGUGGAUCGAUGGACGAUUCGCUCGACUUGGCCGUGGACAAUGACGUGAUGCAGUGCGUGUUGGCGAAGAUUGAGACAAUGCAGAGUUCCACAGUGAAUAAGGAUGCACCAUAUGCGGAUGCUCUGAAGACAAAACUUCCAUCGCUGAUGGAGUGUGAAGAUGCUGAGAUGGAGGAUCUUCUAGAUGACAUCUUUGACCAUGGGAAAAAUCUUGUGGGCAGGAAAGAUGGUACGAAUCAGAAUCGAUCUGCUUUCGCUGUGAGCUACAGGUCCUUCUUCUCGAGGAGUGUUUCUUGUGCCAUGGACGCCAGGCUUGAGUAUGGACUUGAGAGCAACAUAGAGAUUGCCUUGCGACGGUUAUCAAUGGCAGCCUCGCUGAAUCUCUUCGCGAAUUGGCCGCCAGUACCGACAGAGGGAGAACUGUUUGAGGCAACUGUGGAUCUUCCAUCCUGGCCAGAUCAAAUCAUCCAGGCGUGGUCAUGUCCGGAGUACACGCAAGGCUAUCCCACGCAGAUCAUGCUGAUUCUCGUCUUUGACAACAUCUUCUCGGACUUCCAUGAGUCGUGGCUGAAUCUGGAGCAAGUGCUGCAAAUGUGGUUGACACUCAAUGGCGAGUUGGGUGACAAAACGCCAACGGGCAAUUUCAUGGCCAUGGAAGCGCCGAGAAUCCCGUUCGGCAGGAAUGCCAUUCAGGGUCUCCUGUCGGCUCUGUCGUGGCAUCCAAAUAUCAAGUUGCGCGCCUGGUGCUUGGGCUUCCAGUGCCUCGCGCUCGCUUGUAACACUAACAACUUUGACUGGCUGAGUGCAGAAUACACUACGGAGGAUCUCAAUCAGAGCCACUACACGCGGAUGGGAACGUUUAUCGUGAACAAUCAGAACUUUGAGAAGAUGCUACUGAGAUUCUUCUCCGGUAGUGACAUGUGCUCAUCUGUAUUUGAUGUCAGCCGAUGCUCUGGCCCAACAGCCUGUAAACUUCUUCAUGAAUUGUUCAAGCGACUGGAGGUGCAAACUGAGAAGUGUAAUACGAAGAGGAAGCUCAAGGAGACACUUUUGAGGGUGCUACAGAGUCUGAUUCAACCAAAUGGUGCAAUUGCAAACCAGCAAGGUCCAAUUGAUGCUCAAAAUCAACUUAUCAAAGAGCUCAUUUCCUAUCAAUACGAAAAGACUGAUUUAGGAAUUGCCAUGAGUAUCAUCGAGAGUGUCUCCUUCCUUGUGUACAAUAACAUCUCAAACACGGAGAAGAUGUACUGUCAGAAGACAACGGACAGCAGCAAGAAUUACAAUGCUUUCGGGAAUUUAUUUGCCACUGUUCUGGGUCCGGAGAAUACAUCGAAGACAAAGACAGUGUCUGAUAAUUCGCUGCUGGUUAACCUGCUGAAAUUGUCUACGAUUCUCGUGCAGACAGCUCUGCCACGAGAAGGAGAUGAGGCAAGUGGAAGCAGUGAUGGACUGAGUGAGUCCUUCGAGAGUCAGACAGAUGAGAUAAAGGCGGAACAGCAGAACAAUGAGCAAAACCGAGUGAAGGUGGCUUGUGUGGCUGACACUGUGCUGCAACACUAUCCGACAAUGACUCGUCUGCUGGGCUCUCUGUCUCACUGCUCAAGUUCCUCCUUUGCCCUCUUGGCGGCCUCAGCGAUGUACUCUAGCGUAAAUCCGCUGGAUACCAACAGUGCUUUUGGGGAGCCUCAAACUGUGGCGGAUGCGGUGUUUCAACUGCUGAUGUUGCUGAGCAAGAAAGCUUCUCAGCCUGUACUGGUGGUGAAGCCAAUAUAUCUCUUCUUAAACACAACUUUCCGGCAAGCACUGCCGAAAUUGCAACUCUCUGAGCCCUUCCUGUGGUUCAUCUUGCGCGUCCUGGACUCACCGGCCACUGUGGCGAUUUUCACGGAGAUGGGAGGCAUCAAGGUGCUGUGUCACAGUCUCGUGCGGAGUAAUCGUGCGAUGGUGAACAUGCAACCAGGACUUGUGUCCAUGAUUAUGCAGCAUCUGACGCCAAAUAUCGCGCCGGUGAGCAAUUCGGCGGGCUCGUCUAAUGGCACAAAGAAGAGCACACAGGCGAAUGUGAAGUCUGUGGAUGGUCUCAUCAACUUUGCCCCCUUCUGCAGCAUUUCUUCGGACAUUUCCACUGCCCAGCAGGCGGACGUGCUCAUCCAGAUACCCACACCAUCUCAUCGACGGGCCAGAACGGCUGCCUGGAACUACAUGUUCUAUCCGAAUGAGUCCUAUGUCGACCUCACUAUCACAUUUCCCACGGCGGUGCUGCUGUAUGAGAUUCAACUACAGCCACAUUUGCUCUCUCUGGCUUCCUGCCCAUAUGCCGUAGCAGUGGAGAUAACGCGGGACAACUCCAUGCCACCGAUUCCCAUCUCACAGCCCAUGCCGACUGUGGGCUUGACAUGUAUCCGAUUAAAGCUGAAUCAGCCAGAAAUUGCCACGAGCAUCGUUCUGAGGCUAUAUCGUCCGCGCGACAGCUCAAAUAUCGGUCUCACACAGAUCUCAAUCUAUGGCACAACCACAUUCAGUGACAUUAACAAGUCGGCAAUGCUGGGCGAUCAGUUGAUGGAUGAGGAGAACUUGGCCAAAUCCAGUCUCGGUUGGUUGCGCGUUCUGGCGCGAUGCUUCAGUGUGGCGACAUUCAAAACCGAAGACAAUAUAUCAAAUGCUGUGAUCUCAGCGGCGGCCAACUUCCCAGACUUCCUGGAGGCGUGUUGCUCACUCCUCAAUGUGGCGCCACAAACGUCCACAAUUGCGCUGCAGAAUCUGGAGACGGUGUUACUGAAACUGGGACUGUACAACAAGGAUUUGGGCCUGCGUCUCAUCAACAUUCUGCUGAAGAAUACAGUGCCGCAAUGUUUGAAGCUCUGCAAUGACUCAGUGUCGGAUCUGCUGUUUGAUUUGUGUGUGCACGAGGAUGAAUUCACGAGAGAUCGCGUUGAAGCUAUGGUGAAUUGGGUGCAGACGCUGUACGAUAGCAUCUACGAGAAUCUCGUUCAUCCCACAAAUCCAUACAGUGGCUUCAUAAAAUGCCUGGCUUCGAUUCUCUGGACGGUGCACACGAAACAAUUGGCGCCGAAUCUGGAGGGUUUGAUCACGAAGGAACUCUUCCAGUCUGUGUACAAGUGGACACUCAUCCUAGACAAUAGUGAACCACUUAAGAAGGCCUUUGAUGCGAUGCUGUGUUCAAUUUGCUACAUCAGACCGGAGAUGUUUCCACUUCUCUUGCGGCGGAUGAAUGUUCUCGUGCCAAAUUUGUCGACGGAUCUCGAGGCGUGCAUUUCGGAUGAUCGGAAAGACACUGGAAUGACGGAUGACACGAAGCAGGAGGAGUCAGACACAGCAGAGUGGUACAGUCAUCUGGUGAUUGAGGAUAUUUCGGAGUUGAAUCUAUCGAAGAGUCAAUUGUCGACAAUCGCUCUCGCUUGUCAAUCACUUUUGGCCACACUUCAGCUUCUGGAUUCAGGUCUUCCGCGCCUCCUAACUUCAGUGAUUCUGGAGUUUUGUCACAAAAUCUCAAACAACACUACUGCUGCUGCUGCUGAGGGUGAGACAUCGGAGCAGCCAAUGGAGACUUCAUGCCUCACAGAUUCGGCCAAAGUGGAGAGCACGAGGACAGAGGGCCGCACAAAGAAGUAUCCAAUGGUCAAUGUGCCAAUGUGCGCUGAGAUACUCAACUUCUUCUCUGAGGUAUGCACCGAGGGAUGCAUGAGAGAUUGGCUGGGAUCAUUCGAGGGGUCGGUGUUCUGGAAGCCACUGCUGGACAUUCUCUGCAACAUUCGACCGCUGAAUGCUGAAGGACAGAUUGAGACGAACUUUUCCUACCUCGAGGACAGCAUGAUAAAGUUCCUGUCUAAGGUGACGGCGUGUCAUCCGAAGAAUCAAGACACGCUCACCGUGAUUCUCAUAUCUGUGAUCAGGAAGCCCACAACGGGGGGUAAGAACUUCAAGCAGAGUAUCUCGGGAUUCACGCGUCGACUGGUACUGCAACUGCUGCUGGAGAGUGAGAGAAUUCUCAUUUCGGUGCACAGCGAUAUGUCGCUGCAUCGCUGUGAGAAUGGCAACAUCUUGAUUAGCAAUCAUCCAUCGAGGCGACCAAAUGCUCACAAUCUGCUAUUCCUCAUGAGCACUCACACGAAGUGCCAGGAGAUCCUGGAGAGUUGCAUCACUGUCUUCUCCAAUAUGAUGCCCAACACGCAAAGCGGCGACUGGAGAGUGGUGAAUGUGGAGCAGUUCAACCCCUCGACAUCUCACGCGACUGGCAACGGAUCGUCCAGCAGCAAUGGUACGUCCACGGGCGGUCAGAACAGCUCGAGCAACGGCAAGUACUCGUCGAAGAAUGACUUGUUCGAGAUCGCUCUGGGGCAGGGAUUGGAGGUGUUGAGUGUCGCCGCGGGAGUCACGGCCAAGGACAAGAGACUCAAGGAUGUGCGGAAUCAGGCUGCUGCCAUGAAGGCCAAAGAGUUACUUCCACUUUUGCGACUGCGAAAUGACGACUCUCUGAAUACCAAUCAGAUGAACAAUUGUGCUCAACUCAUGCACACAGCAUGUCCAGGAGUCAUUCUCACAUCUGACACGACAGUUUCGCAAAUCCUCGCCAUGCUUCACUCUUCUGGCGUCUCUCUCUCAACUCCCUGCAUCAGUUUGAAUCUUGUACAGGGUAGAAAACAACCGGACGACAUCAGUGAUGACAGUCUUAUCAAAGCAUCGGACUUUGAACCUCUUCCAUCACCGCUGCAGAUUUUCUCCAGCCACGGAGGAUUGUCUCUACUGGCUCACUACUUACCAACGGUGUAUCCAGACACACCGAAAUCGAAUGCUGUUCAUCAGGAGAAAGACAAGAGUCCUCCGGCGAGUGAGUGGGUAAAGGUGGAAGCGAAUGAUGACAUCUAUGAGGAUUUGGAUGAUGGAAUGGCAGAGCAAGGAUCAAAAUUGCCUGCUAUUUCAUCUGUUCCGCAACACUCGUUGUCAGCAUUUGGCCUCUUCCUCCGCUUACCACCUUACUCGGAUGUCCUGCUGAGGGACAAGACUCGCGCUCAGUGCCUCCUUAGGCUUGUCCUCGGAGUCACGGGCGACGGGGAAGGAAAUGAAAUCUACAGUCUGUCCUUGGCUUCUACCCUCCCGACGCUACCUUUUGAGGUGUUUCGUCAACUCCUGGACAGCUCACCGCUCACAACCGACGAUGGGGUGUUGCUGAGACGUAUGGUGAUCGAAGUGGGUGCCAUAAAUCUCGUCCUGAGCUGCCUCAGUAUCUUCACACAUCAUUCGCAAGGCGGACCGCCGCCUUGUGUGGACAGUUCAGCAGCUGUCACUGUCGCUCUACCACCACAGGAUGCGCCUGCGAAUCAGCAGAAGUCCUCAACGCCAACUGGCAACGCUGUCGGUGGAGAGGAGAAUCUGACGUCAGAUGACAAGAGUCAUGUGUACUGGGCGAAGGGAACGGGAUUCGGCACUGGAUCCACUCAGCAAUCGUGGGAUGUGGAGCAGGCGCUGCUUAGGCAGAAGAACGAAGAGGAGCAUGUAACUGUGCUGCUGCAAGCACUCUCGAGCUACAUUAAUCCGGGCGAUAAGAUUCCACAGGGGAUCAGCGAUGAGACGUCUUUUCAUGAGACCGCCGACAUCACGUCGGAAUUGCCACCGAUCUUCUUUGACCUGCUGCAGCAAUCCUGCCUCAUUCCAGCACUGUGUUCAUACUUGAGGAAUGAUUCUGUUUUGGACAUUACUCGCCAUAUUCCACUAUACAGGGCUAUUUUGCAACUUUUGAGAGCUAUUGCUUUAUCCAAUCAACUUGUUACGCUUCUCCUGCCACAGCACACUGAGAAUGGGAACAGUAUCUCCAUCGCUAUGCUCCUGUCCAACAUGAAGAGUUGCGUGGACACUUAUGCCAGUCGGCUCAAAUUCAAUAAGAAAACGAGUGCCAAGGGACGGGUUUUCGUGUCUUGUGUCGAUGAGGGUGAUGACGAGGGACUUGCACUGCUGAUUCCUGAUAUUCAGGACACAACUUUUCUCGUUUUGAGAGCCACAAAUGCCGAUAAAUUGCCCUCCGCCAUCGAUAACUGUCCGAGUCCUGAGCGUCCAAUGGCACGAUCAAUUGAACAGCGCUACAUGGAGAUUAUGAAGAAGCUGCAAUUUGACACCUUCGAAAUGAUCACGGACACGGAGAAUGGAUAUCGUUUUGUGGUAUCUUAUCACUUUGAGAGCAACAUGCGAAUGUCUGGCGAUCGAUAUCAUCCUGUUCGCGUGAAGCGUCUCGCUCAGGAGACUGUGACGCUGUCAACGAGCCUCCCUCUGUCGUACAGCAGCUCUGUGUUCGUACGCUGUGACACUGAUCGCCUGGACGUGAUGAAGGUGCUGAUCACUGGUCCAGCAGACACGCCAUAUGCCAACGGAUGCUUCGAGUUUGACGUGUUUUUCCCACCGGAUUACCCGAAUUCGCCCAUGAUGAUUAACCUGGAGACAACGGGUCGCCACACAGUGAGAUUCAAUCCCAAUUUAUACAAUGACGGGAAAGUGUGUCUGUCUGUUCUCAACACUUGGCAUGGACGACCAGAGGAGAAGUGGAAUGCUCAGACGUCCAGUUUUCUGCAGGUUCUCGUGUCGAUUCAGAGUCUGAUCCUCGUGCCAGAGCCAUAUUUCAAUGAGCCUGGCUUCGAGAGGAGUCGCGGAACGCCGAGUGGAACACACAGCUCGCGUGAAUACAACAGCAACAUCUACCAAGCGUGUGUUCGGUGGGCGAUGCUGGAGCAGAUCAAGAAUCCCAAUCCUUGCUUCAAAGAGGUUAUUCACAUGCACUUCUGGCUGAAGAGGAACGAGAUUUGCACGCAAAUCGAGAAGUGGAUCGAGGAGUUGUCGAAGCCACAGUAUUCUGAGCGCAAUGGUCGCAACAUAUCGUUCAAUUCGAUGGUGUUGAGGCGUCAGUAUCGGCACUUGCGCGAGGAACUGGCCAAUCUGCCGACGCCCGAGGGCCUGGAGGAUCUCGAGCGGCCCUUCAUGGCCACCAUGCCCACGAGUCCGAAGGCCAGCGAGUGCGGCACGAGCGGCUGCACGUCUUCAGCGUCACCCACGCAAAUCCCGCCGCUGCAGGCGAUGGAGACGGCCGUGUCCAGCGACACGACACUGUCGGAUCUCAUGGAUGAGGAUGAAAAUCCGGGACUGGGGUAAAUGU